AACUUCAGCCGCGAAAAUUAAUUUCCCGGGGAAGAAAAAUAAAUCAGUCCACACUCGCUUCGGACCGAAAAUUCCCCCCCUUUUCUCGCUGCUCGAUUGCGGCGGCGGAUUCCGGCCGGCGGCGCUCAGACCCUGCUCCAUGAACACAGUGGCUUCGCUGUCCCUGGUGCCGCGCCUGCUCAUCAAGCCCUCCUUCCGCUGCUUAUCCAGAAAGGGUGUUGGUAGGGAUGGUGGAAUCAAGGUGUACGCAGUGCUGAGGGAUGACAGCGCUGACUAUCUCAAGGACAACAACCAAUGGGAGGCCCUGUUCCACGUCGAUGACCCGGGGCCGAGGGUUCCCAUCGAGAAGGGCCAGUUCUUGGACGCGAAGCAGGCGCUCGACGUCGCCCGGUUCGACAUCCAGUACUGCGACUGGAGGGCUAGGCAGGACCUGCUCACCAUCAUGGUGCUUCACAACAAGGUGGUUGAGGUUCUUAAUCCUCUAGCAAGAGACUUCAAGUCGGUGGGGAACUUGAGGAAAGAUCUUGCCGGGUUACAGGAAGAACUCGCGAAAGCUCACAACCAGCUUUAUUUGUCAGAAUCUAGAGUGUCGUCCGCACUUGAUAAGCUAGCACAAAUGGAGACAGUGGUCAAUGAAAGGCUGUUGUCGGAUGGAAGCGCUUUUGCAUCUACAGCCGAUUGCGCUACUCUUGAUCCAAGCACUUCUCUUGAUCUUGAUCCGAGCACUUCCUCCACGACACAUGUUGGAGCCAAAAAGGCUAAAAGACGGAGCCUCAACAUUUCUGGCCCGGUGAAGCCUUACAAUCCCAAUCUGAAGAACUUCUGGUACCCUGUUGCUUUCUCCAGUGACCUGAAAGAUGACACAAUGGUACCAAUAGAUUGUUUUGAGGAGCAGUGGGUAAUAUUCCGAGGAAAAGAUAGGAGGCCUGGAUGUGUUCAGAAUACCUGUGCUCACAGAGCUUGCCCUCUUGAUCUUGGUUCAGUGAAUGAGGGCAGAAUCACGUGCCCUUAUCAUGGGUGGGAGUAUUCGACUGACGGAAAAUGUGAGAAAAUGCCAUCAACAAAGAUGCUCAAUGUGCGCAUCCGGGCAUUGCCAUGCUUCGAGCAAGAAGGAAUGGUCUGGAUCUGGCCUGGCGACGAUACACCGACACCCACCAUCCCUUCUCUGCUGCCUCCUUCAGGGUUUACAAUCCAUGCAGAGAUAGUGAUGGAGCUACCUGUGGAGCAUGGACUUCUUCUGGACAAUCUACUAGACCUUGCGCAUGCCCCCUUUACUCAUACAUCCACCUUUGCAAAGGGUUGGAGUGUUCCAAGCUUUGUGAAGUUCUUGACACCUACUUCUGGGCUCCAAGGGUACUGGGAUCCUUACCCCAUUGAUAUGGAGUUCCGGCCGCCCUGCAUGGUCUUGUCGACCAUUGGCAUCUCCAAGCCCGGAAAGCUAGAAGGGAAGAGCACACAGCAAUGUUCGACGCAUCUCCACCAGCUCCAUAUAUGUUUGCCAUCAUCUAGGAAUAAAACCAGACUGCUGUAUCGGAUGUCACUCGACUUCGCCCCCUGGAUCAAGCACAUCCCUUUCAUGCAUCUAUUGUGGUCACAUUUCGCUGAGAAGGUUUUGAAUGAGGAUCUACGGCUCGUGCUCGGCCAACAAGAGCGGAUGAACAGUGGUGCCAACGUUUGGAACUGGCCAGUGUCAUAUGACAAGCUCGGCAUACGGUACCGGCUGUGGAGGGACGCGGUCGAGAGGGGCGUCGACCGGUUACCAUUCAGCAACCAAAUUGAGAGUGGAUCAUAGACCAACAUAUACAUGAGUAUGACACCCCAGGCCCCGUAGUCUCUUUCUCGUGGCAUUUCUUGGCCUGACGACAACGGCAGCCAGAUGAUCCAUAUGCAUGUACAGAUUAUUCGGGCGUUGCGACGUCGCAGCACGGCUUUUUCAUCUGGCAAAAUUAAGAUUUGCUGCAGAUAGAAGAAUUCUGGAUUGAGAAGAGUGGCGGGCAAUCGGCAGCACGCAUCGAUCAUUGCCAUUGUGUAAUGUUUAACUGUACACUAGUGGCGGCAUCAGCUGAUGCAAUUUGUAAUUGUAAUCCGAGGUUGAUUUUUCUUCUUCUUCUUCUUCUUCUUCUUCUUCUUCUUCUUCUUCUUUCUUUCUUUCCCUCCCUUUCAUGUAAAGUAUCUUCAGGUUAAUUACUCUCAGAACGUACACAAUUAUACGAUGAACCGUGAAGGUGAUCAAAGCAUGUUCACCUGACAAAAAUGAGAUGUAUCAAUCUGAUUACAUAUGUUCGCAAUAAUUCAUAUUAGACGUC